AUGUCGCUGUCGCCGGCAAACCUUUUCAACGAUCUCAUCGUCCAGAUCCUCGUCCGACUUCCGCCCGACGAGCCGGAGUGCCUCGUCCGUGCUUCCCUCGUCUGCAAGCACUGGUAUUCUCUCAUCACCGGCCACACCUUCAUUCGCCGCUACCGGGAAUUCCACCGACUGCCCCCGUUGCUAGGAUUCCUCCGUGGCGAGGUUGAUGAGUUUACUUCCCACUUCGUCCCCACCACGGCGUUCCGCCCUCCAGAAUCUUGUCUCCUCAACUGUCACACGCUUGACUGUCGCCACGGCCGUGUGCUACUUCGUGACACUGACUCAGUGGAUCUUCUGCUUUGGAAUCCCAUGACAGGCGAGAAGAUGCACUUGCGUGAACCUAAAGUCGCAGAUUGCUACUUUAGGGCGGCGGUACUCUGUGCCACGGCGGGCUGCGAUCACCUCGGCUGUCGUGAAGGGCCAUUCCUCGUGGCCUUUGUAGGUAUCGGCACUGAUGAGGUCGCAUACGCCUGCCUCUACUCAUCAGUGACUGAUAAGUGGAGCGAUGUGACUAAACUGCAGCUUGACUAUUCAUUCACCAUACUGCCCAUGGCCCCUGUCCUUGUGGGAGACGCGCUCCACUACAUGUGCGAUUCCGGCAUUAUCUUUCGCUACGACGUGGGAAGCGAACAGUGCAUAUCGGUGUUUGACCAACUGAAUGAUUACUCCGACGAAAAUGUGCUCAUGCUAACGGAAGAUGGAGGCCUUGGGUUAGCCAGCAUUGAUAUGUUGACCCUCUGCCUGUGGUCACUGAAGACCGGUCCCGACGAAGCUAGAAGGUGGGAAAAACUGAGCACUAUCAACCUUAAAAUGCUCCCCAAUCACAACCCGAGUUGUUUGGCACCAUCUUUGGUUGGCUUUGUGCAAGGCGUGGACUCCGGAAUCAUCUUUAUGAGCACGCAUACUUGCAUUCUUAUGAUCAACCUCAAAUCGGAGCGGGUGUCAAAGGUGUGCGAGAUGGACGACGACUUCGAAGAUAUCUUUCCUUACUUCAGCUUUUGCACUCCAGGUACUACCCUCAAACCUACCAGCUUCUACCUGUUUAAGAUCUGUGAAUAUUCAGUCAAUGUAAAUGAUAUAUAG